AUGGCCUCCUCGCCGUGGGACUACAUCGCCAAGCUCGUCUGCAUAGGCGACUCGGGAUGCGGCAAAUCCAGUCUAACCAUCCGCCUCUGCGAAGGCCGCUUCUCCCCCCAUCACGACGUCACCAUCGGCGUGGAAUUCGGCUCGCGCGUCGUCCCCGUCGGCCCGCCACACACCAAGCCCUCCAGCUUCCUGUCCUCCUCCAUUACCCCUUCUGCAGGGGCUGCGGCGGCGCCCGGCACGGAUGGCCUCCCCGAGCCGCCCCGGGACACCAGCAAAACGCCCCAGAAGCACAUGAAGCUGUCCCUGUGGGAUACGGCCGGCCAGGAGACCUACAAGUCCGUCACGCGCUCCUACUUUCGCGGUGCGAGCGGCGCCCUCCUCGUCUUCGACCUCUCCCGCAGACAGACGUUUCAGCACGUGACGGACUGGCUGAAUGACCUGCGGCAGAUUGCGGAGCCGGAUAUCGUGGUCGUCCUCGUGGGGAAUAAGGCCGACUUGACGCAGCAGGAGGAGAACAAGAGGGAGGUUACGCGGGAAGAGGCAGAGGAGUGGGCGAGGAGAAACGGGCUGCUGGAGUAUGUUGAGACGAGUGCCAAGAGCGGAGAAAAUGUCGAGCAGGCGUUUAUGAGGGUCGCGGAGAGGAUAUUUCACAAUAUCCAGGCGGGCAAGUAUGAUUUGAAUGACAGGAGGUCUGGCGUCAAGGGGCCGAGUGCGGGUGGUAACCGACAGGUGAAGUUGGGCGGAGACAGUAAAUCUGCCGGUGGUGGCUGUUGCUGA